GGACGAAAUUGCAUGAGACUUCUUCCUCCUCACCUUUCAUCAUUUCCUCCUCCUUUCCUCCCAAACAACUCUCAACCCCUUUUCUCAUUUCUCUCUUAAAUUAUACAUCUCACUUUGUAAAUACUAUAUAUACUUCCAUGCUCUAUAGGAUAAUUCUAUAUCACAAGUAAUAUAUAUUUCAAUAAAGCAUUGAAAAUCAUCAUAAAUUUAAUUUGCCUCAAUCAUUUUUAUCUUUGUGUUAAAUUCCUCUACAUAUAUGGAACCAACGUGUGUGGAUACUUCUCUCAACCUUAACAUUGCCCCUUCUAGAAACGAUACAGUCGUUGAUGCUGUGGUUGCUGAUCAAGUUUUGGUUGAAGAGUUGGAGCGUCUAAGUCAUGAGAAUAAGAGAUUAAAUGAGAAGCUGAACCACAUGUGUGAAAAUUAUGUUGCUUUGCAAAAGCAUUUGAGUCAAUUUAGUCACACAAAUUUUGAAAAUGAAUUGGUGACACAAUCGCGGAAGAGAAAAGCCGAAAGCAUUGAAAAUUGUAUGAAUAAGUUUGGCUAUGCUAUUGCUGAGAGCAGCACAGUUACUACUGAUCAUCAUGAGGAGACAACAUUCAAACACAACAACAUUAACUCACCAAAAAUCUCCAAGGUUCUUGUACCAACAGAUGCAUCCAAUACCAGCUUAUAUGUGAGAGAUGGAUAUCAGUGGAGAAAAUAUGGUCAGAAAGUUACUAGAGAUAACCCCUCUCCUAGGGCUUACUUCAAGUGCUCCUUUGCACCUGGCUGCCCAGUCAAGAAGAAGGUGCAAAGAAGUGUAGAAGACCCUUCCAUAUUAGUGACAACAUACGAAGGAGAACACAACCAUCCAAAUCACCAAGCACAAAUACAAAUGAGUAGUAGUUGUUCAAACCAAAGUGAAACAACCAGCUCUACAUAUUUGGUUCCAAUAUCUUCACCCUCUCCUAAGAAUCCAUCUUCAACUCUUGACUUGGUCACACAAAGAAAAUUGAUAGCAAUUGAAGAUGCUCAAAAGUCUUCUCUCCAGCAACUAUUAGUUCAACAAAUGGCUACUUCUUUGACAAGAGAUCCUAAUUUUGCCACAGCACUUGCCACUGCCAUUUCCGGAAGAAUUUUGGAUUUUGAAAAACGAUGAAUAUAUUCACACAUGUAUUGCACUGGACAUUGUUUUUUGUUAUUGAUUGGUUAACCAUGUUAUAUAUUAUUUAGUAUUAAUAACAUAAAAUGAGUGGGUAUCUUUUUUUAUAUCUAGGCAUGGCAUGAUGGCAAUAUCCAAUAUAAUAAAUAUAUUAGUUUUGUUUAUAAAAAA